CCCUGUGGAGGAGGCAGGAUCCGAGCCGUUUCACCAGCCCGAGAGUUUCCGUCUCCCCUGGGCGUUACGCUGUUACACACGAAGCCUCAGUUUGCUGUCAUGUCGAACAAUAACGCCACCAGUACCAGCCUGGCUGUGGCCCACAAGACCGUUAAACAACUGCGACUGGAGGCGAGUGUCCGCCGGAUCCACGUCUCUCAAGCAGCCACAGAUCUAAAGAACUUCUGCCUCCAGAACGCCUAUAAGGACCCCCUGCUGAUGGGCGUGCCGUCCGGCGAUAACCCCUUCCGCCCUCCCAAAUCGUGCGGCCUGCUGUAAGGUGACGACUGAAAGCCGAUGACGGUCGACUGAACGGACUGGAUCACUACACACACGCACACACACACACACACACACACUUUCCAUAGUUGUAGGAACUCUUACUGUGUUCGUAUCUGAAAAAGCUGAUCCUACAGCACGUCCAAUCCAUGUGUAUUUAUUGCAGUUCACAUCAAAGUCAGUAAUAAGAAAUAAAGUCAAUAAUAAAGUCCAGACCGGGGGAGAAGGAAGCGUCCACGAUUUAACUGAUCUAACGAUUAGCUGAAGCAGGGAGGUCUAACAUUUAAGCAUGAAAUAUCACAUCGUCAAUAGGAAGUUCCUUGAUGCUAAUCUGAAGCCGUAUCGUUACAAGAUAAAGAGAUGCAGAGUGAGAUAAUGGGCCGACUCCGGGGCCACUCGCCCUAGUUUAUUUAUUCUUCUUUGUCUGGUUAAGGUCAAAACACUGGGUCCGAUCACUCGGCGUCAAAUUCAUUCAUUCAUUCAUUCAUUUCAGUGGGCGCAAGGCACACAGUAACACCCUGGACGGGACGCCAGUCCGUCACAGGGCACACACCCAUUCACCUACAGGGCAAAUCAGUGUCUCCAAUUGACCUGACUUGCACGUCUUUGGACUGUGGGAGGAAACCGGAGCUCCCGGAGGAAACCCACGCCGACACUGGGAGAACAUGCAAACUCCGCACAGUGGGGCGACAGUGCUACCCACUUAGUAUACAGCUCCGUAUUCUUGCGUAGAAUAACAGCAGUGCAAAGGAGUCUGGGAAAUGUAGUCAGUAAUACAUUGUGAAGCCUGUAACCAAUCGCUGCAGUAUUUCUAAAUUAGUUUUUAUCUUAACUGAACCUUUUUAAUCACUGAUUUAGAUCAGUGUGUAGAAAUUCUCAGCUUUUAUAUGAAGAAAAUAUUUCAUUUUAUUAGAUCCAUCAUUUCAAAUCGUGUGUUGUUUUAUUGUAAUGUAUUUGCAGUGAGACGGGUGGUGUUGGGUCACUGUACUGUUAGUGUAGUUUGGAUUAAUAUCGUGAAGAUUGUGUGUUCUGUUCUCUUAGUCUCUUAGUUUAGUUUAAAUAUUCUUUUUUUAAUAUCACCCACCUCCACCUAACCCUAGAUUCACUUCGGAGUCUCCAAACUGGGGGAACUUGCUCUAUAUGGUCACUUACGAUAUGAAAACCCUGUAUGUAUCUAGUUUAUCUUGGCCUGGUCCACCAUUGGUCUUCAAGUGCCUUUAAGAGCGACCGACUUCACAGCCUCCUGGUCCAUUCAUGAAAGGCAAUAACUGUGUGUGGAGACUCUUCAAUCGUCCUGUAGAACGUGAUGCACUUUGGGUGGUAUUAGUACUGACUAACAGAUUCACUUGAUGCCAAUAAGGACAGAAAGCCUAGUGCUUUUUAAUUAGGUGAUUAUUAAAAUAUUGACCUGUGCUGACGAGAGAUCUACCACUGAGAUGGACUUCCAACACCAGCAGACGUAGGCACAGCUUACAAGAGGACACCAGCAUUUCAAUUUCCCAAAAAUAUAUCAUGUUUGAAGACUAUUUUUCUAUUAAUACGUGAUUAUUAGGGUGCUUUGUAUUGUUCUGUAUUUGUUACACUUUAGAAAUCUUGUUCACCAAGUUUGACUGAGUUUUUUUCUGUUUUUGUUUGAAUGUUCGUGUUCAAUAAAGUGCAAAAUCUAAUGGA